CACUCAUUAUGCGGUAUCCAUUAUUAUAAUUUUAGAAAAAGAAGAUAAAAAGGUUGCAUCUAACGUUACCUUAAUUAACCACUGACUUGAUGCACCACCCAGGGGGCACAAAACAAACACACCUACACUUACGAGGUGCAUGCUGGGGCUGGCUAACUGCUAAACAAAUGCCGAAAUGCUACAGGUCAUAAUGCUUCAGGGUGGCUUUUGUGUUUCCUGAAGAACUUUGCCCUUCAGUGAGCGGUGUGAGUGGAGAGACUCUUUCAGCUCUUAGGGUUUGAAAACGUUGAGAAGUGAAGUGGGACAGAGAGGCUGAUGGUGCCUAAAGACAACCUGGAGGACUUCGCGGGGCACAAGACUGACCACCAUGAAGUUCAAGUGGAAUAUGACUACUUCAAGUUCCAUCCCAUGCCAGAGAUCACCGACUGGAUGUCUCAGGUAGUGAAGGAUUACCCUGAAGUUGUAACCACAGUGGACUACGGACAGACCUAUGAGAACAGGGUGAUUAGCUUGCUCAAGAUUGGCCUUAAUACUGGAGAGAAGAAGAAAGCUAUCUGGAUGGACUGUGGUAUACACGCCAGGGAAUGGAUCGCCCCGGCCUUCUGUCAGUACUUUGUCAGAGAGAUCCUGCAUGCAUACAAAACGGACCCAAAAAUGCAAACGAUGAUGAAGAACAUUGACUUCUACGUGACCCCUGUGCUCAACAAGGACGGCUACAUCUACUCCUGGAAGGACAACACAACUCGACUGUGGAGGAAGAACAGGUCACCGGGACCUUUAGGCUGCAACUGUUCCGGCACUGACCUCAACCGCAACUUUGACGCCAUCUGGGGCUCGAUCGGAGUAUCAUUUAACUGCUGCUCACAAGUCUUCUGCGGGACACAUCCUGCGUCCGAGCCCGAGGCUCAGGCCGUGACUUAUUUUGUGGGAAGCCGGAAAGAAGACUUCCUGUGUUUCCUCACCAUCCACUCAUACGGCCAGCUGCUCCUGAUUCCUUAUGGAAACCCCAACUACACCGCCUCCAACUACGAUGAGCUGUUGAAGGUUGGUUUGGGUGCAGCAGACGCCAUUCGAAGUGUCCACGGGAUGAACUACACUGUAGGAACCUCACCGGAUGUUUUGUACGCCAACGCUGGUUCCUCCAGAGACUGGGCUCGGCUGCAGGGGAUCCCCCUCGCCUACACCUUCGAGCUGAGAGACAAAGGGAUAUUCGGCUUCCAGCUUCCCGAGGAUCAGAUCCAGCCGGCCUGUGAGGAGGCCUACAGCGGAGCCAUGCACAUCAUCACCUACGCCCACGACAAGACCUUUAAUGCUGCCGUGGCAACCGCUGCUGCAACCCUGUGGACCAUGCUGUUAGCAGUCGGGGUCACCGGCACCACCCUGAUGUGAGGAGGAAAAAACGGACCAAAGCUGUAUUGCUCGAAGUUGCAUUCAUCUUGCAUGAGCGGCACCAGUGUGUAGUUUAGUGUGUAAUGUUUUUUUUUAGACAGAACCUUUUGUUGAUGAAUUAUGAUCAAUAGUAUGGAAAUGAAUGUUGAUAAAUAAUAAUGGACCUUUGGUUCAAACUAUUAUAUACUCUUUUGUAAAGUGUCUUAAAAGAAAAAAUGUUCACACUUCUAUUUUAUAUCAUUGUAUAUCAUGACAUGAAUUACAUUAUGUGGCCCCUAAAGAGUUAUAAUAAAAGAAUAAAAUCCCAUUCGCCCA